AGAACCCUAUUUAUUUUCCCCAAUUGCUCGUUUUGUUUUGAUUCUAGAUAUUUAUCGACCAGUCUAUCUACAUACGUCCUUUUCCUCUUCACAAGGGCUGGUUUUGUUGUUUAUAAGGGUCCCAGACAAGUCAUUUUCAGCGGCCUAAAGAUGGGAAAGCUUUUUAUAUUUGCAGUAUUAUUGGCGUUAAAUGUCUCGCUAGGUGUAGGCCAAGAGCCAUCCAAUCAACUUAAUCAAUAUAUCGAUGCGGUACAAAGAUCAACCCACACCAACAACUGGGCUGUUCUGGUUGAUGCCUCCCGCUUCUGGUUUAACUAUCGCCAUGUCGCCAAUGUUUUGUCUAUUUAUCGUUCGGUAAAACGUUUGGGCAUACCCGAUUCUCAAAUUAUUCUAAUGAUUGCCGAUGAUAUGGCGUGUAAUCCUCGUAAUCCAAGACCUGGUCAGGUUUACAAUAAUGCCAAUCAACAUAUUAACGUUUACGGUGAUGAUGUCGAGGUUGAUUAUCGUGGUUAUGAAGUCACAGUGGAGAAUUUUGUACGUCUGCUGACGGGGAGAACGCAAAACGGCACAGCUCGUUCAAAGAAAUUGCUAACCGAUGCUGGUAGUAAUGUUUUAAUUUAUUUGACAGGCCAUGGUGGUGAUGGUUUCCUGAAAUUCCAAGAUUCGGAAGAGAUUACUAGUCAGGAAUUGGCUGAUGCUGUUGAGCAAAUGUGGGAGAAGAAGAGAUAUAAUGAACUGUUCUUAAUGGUGGAUACAUGUCAAGCUGCAUCGUUGUAUGAGAAAUUCACUUCACCCAAUAUAUUAGCUGUUGCCAGCAGUUUGGUGGGAGAAGAUUCAUUAUCGCACCACGUUGACUCGUCUAUUGGUGUGUAUAUGAUUGAUCGUUAUACAUACUAUGCUUUGGAAUUUUUGGAGAAAGUCCAACCUAACAGUGACAAAACCAUGGGUGAAUUUUUGAAAGUCUGCCCCAAGCGUUUAUGCAUUUCCACCGUGGGCGUGCGCAAGGAUUUGUACCGACGCGAUCCAAAUAAAGUUCCUAUUACUGAUUUCUUUGGUUCCAUACGUCCAACGGAAAUAACAACAGGGCGAGUUAACAUUACUUUGGCCGAGGAAGAAGACUUUAUAGAGGCCCUUCUGCAGCAGGAAGAAACAAAUUCCCAACAUUCCAAUUUCAAUGUGCAAUUCGAGUCACAAUUUCCCAAAGAUUUAUUUAAUUAAUAACUUCUUGUUAAUUGGAUCACAGACUAGCCGAACGAAUCACGUUACAUGUGAACUGUGAAUUAUCAAAAGUAUUUUUUGGAAUGCAACGAAACAAAACAAAAGAAACACGUUUUUUUGGUAGUUUUUUUUUUAUGUGAUUAUUUAUUCUUUGUUUACAAAUGAAAAAAUCUAGAUGAAAUAAAUUACGUACAUACUUUUUAUAAUGAAAAAAUAAUAAUGACAUUAAAGAAACAAACAGAAUACAAUCGUUUAACAAUUUAAAAAAAUAACAGCUUCCUAUAU